AUGGAAGACCAGGAGCCGACCUGGCAGAAGGGAGGGCUGGAUGCAUCUGAGGCCCUGUCCUGCCCGGACAGUGAGGCCUCUACCCCAAGCUGCACACUGGGGGCCCUGUACUGGGCCUGUGUCCACAACGACCCUGCCCAGCUGCAAGCCAUGCUGGAAGAUGGGGUCUCCCCAGAGGAAGCCACCCAGGUGGAUGGCAACGGGAGGACAGGCCUCAUGGUCGCCUGCUACCAUGGUUUCCAAAGUGUGGUGGCCCUGCUCAGCCGCUGUCCUUUCCUGGAUGUGAACCAGCAGGACAAAGAAGGGGACACAGCCCUCAUGCUGGCUGCCCAAGCAGGCCAUGUGUCUCUGGUGAGUCACCUGAUCAACUACUAUGCAGGCCUUGACCUGGAGCGCCGGGACCAGCGGGGACUGACCGCACUGAUGAAGGCUGCCAUGCGGGAUCGCUCAGAAUGUGUCGCUGCCCUCCUCAUGGCAGGUGCUGACCUGACAGCCGUGGAUCCUGUCCGGGGCAAGACCGCCCUGGAGUGGGCGUUUCUGACAGACAGCUUCGACACGGUGCAGAGGAUCCGGCAGCUGCUGCGGCGGCCCCAAGUGGAGCAGCUCAGCCGGCAUUAUCAGCCUGAGUGGCCAGCCUUGCCCGGGCUCGUGGCCCAGGCUCAGGCCUCCCCGUCUCUCCUAGAGCGACUGCAGGCCACCUUGACCCUCCCCUUUGCGCAGUCUCCUCAGGAAGGGGGUGUCCUGGACCACCUUGUGACCAUCACCACCAGCCUGGCCAGUCCUUUCCUCACCACCGCCUGCCACACCCUGUGCCCUGACCACCCCCCCGCACUGGGAACCCGAAGGAAGUCUGUCCCGGAGCUGCUGGGCACUGCCCCGCCCCCGCCCCCAGCCCCCCAGCCCCCUCAGGAAGUCCCCGGCCCCCGGGUCUUCACCCCCUACCAGAGCCCUCAGGGUGUGCUGAGCAUGUGCCCCCAGUGGCUCCAGCCCAGGGAUAGUACCAGCCCCAGGCCCCGAGCCCCCAAGAUCCUUCUCUCCAAGGCACCCUCGGCUGGCUUUCGGUGGAAGCCAGAGCCCAGGGCUUCAGGGAACCGCCGGCUGUCCCUUCCUGUCUGGAGAUACCAGGAGCUCAGGAUGGAGAGGAGGAGACAGGAGGAGGCCGGAUUGGCACAGAGCCAGGGGAAGACCGGCUAG